UAUCUUCAAAACUUGAGGAACGACCCAGUGCGAUCACGGAUAUGCAAACAAAGAGUGUUAUGCCGGACCCUUGCCGGCAACUUUGUUUACACACUCACUGUCACGAACCCAUCAAGAAGGCCAGCUGAUGCUGAGGCCAAACAAGGAGUGGUAGUGACGGCAAGAGUUCACCCAGGAGAGACUAACUCAAGUUGGAUGAUGAAAGGACUUUUAGAUUAUCUAACAAGCAACGCUGCUGACGCAAAGCUCCUCCGUGACAUGUUCAUUUUCAAGAUUGUUCCUAUGUUAAAUCCUGACGGAGUCGUAGUUGGUAACUAUCGGUGUUCACUAGCUGGGAGAGACCUGAACAGGAAUUACAAGACAGUGCUGAAAGAUUCGUUCCCUCCCAUUUGGCAUGUCAGGAAUAUGGUUCGCAAAUUAUUUGAGGAACGCGACAUAACAUUAUACUGCGAUCUGCACGGACACAGUCGCAAGCAGAAUGUGUUCAUUUAUGGCUGUGAAAAUCGCUUCGAUCCUCUGAAGAGAUUGAGAGAAAGAGUGUUUCCUGUGAUGGUAUCUAAAAAUGCCCCUAGCAAGUUCUCAUACAAAGGUUGCAAGUUUAAAGUACAGAAGAGCAAGGAAGGAACAGGUCGGAUUGUUAUGUGGCAUAUGGGGAUUUUGAACAGUUUUACUAUGGAGGCGACUUUCUGUGGCUCGUCAAUUGGUAAACGCGCCGGCUAUCAUUUCAACACAGCGGACUUUGAGUCGAUGGGAUAUCACUUGUGUGAUACUCUACUAGAUUACUGUGAUCCUGAUGAUUCAAAGUUUGUAACUAUCUUACGAGAGCUGGAGUUGAAAAUGAAGGCGGAUAUAUUGGAGAGGAUGAAGCGAAAAGGCACUGCGGCACCCACCCUAACCGAGUCUGACAUAGAUCUUGACCUCAAUUAUACUUCUGAUAUCGAAUCAAGCACCGGCGGUUCAGACAGCUCUAUGUCCGAUGGUCUGCCAAUGCAUCUCAUUUAUGCUCCUGAAGGACUGAAGAUGUAUACUGACCAAGAACCACGCAAGAAGAAGCUGAAGACGAGAAAGGAACGGAACAAGCGGCGAGCCAAAGCUAUGAAAGUCAAGGACGUUUUGCUGGCUGAUGUUGCGACGCGGUCCGCGCAAGACCAAGAGCGAGCGACAGAAGUAAAGUUAAUGUACCAGAAACAUCACCCAAAACGGUCUGCUCUUCCCAGUUCCGCGCGGAUGAAGUUAGACAAUCCACAGCCACGGAAGCAUGAGCACAAAAGCAACAGCAGACCGUGUACACCGAUGGGCUCACUGAAGUUGGAUGGUUCUGCAUGCAGGCAGGAUUACCUGGAAGCUGUCACUAAUGCUUAUAUGAUGAGUGGCGUGUUAGUAACUGAGUCAAAAGAGGUUCCCCAUUUUCGUUACACUGACGGUUCUACUUAUCUGAAAGAGACCCCAGAAAGGACUGGCAAUUUGAGUCGCUGGUCUGUCACCAGUCCCGCGCAGCCUCAAGGAUUUGAAAUAAGCGAGGAGGAGGGACACUUCACGGUGUCUUAUUUGGCCAAACAGUUGGAAAAAGGCACUGAUUGUGCGUAUGUAGCACCAAAAAGUCGAAAUGAAAAGAGAAUUAGCUCAGCUCUUGAACUGGCGCGAAAAAUUACCAUGUACAACAACCGCUACAAGACGGCCGGGAAUGAAAGACAAGAGCCUGUGGUCCAGCCAACGCCUCUACUCAGACCCAGAACUCCUGUGCAACCAUAUCCGUAUUUUCCAUGGCAACCUAAAGGGGACUGUUUGUCAAGUACUAAGGCGCGUUUGUACGAACCGAAACUCGUGAAAGAACAAGAAGUGAGAAAGUCCUGGUCUCAGAUUUCACUGGAAGAAAGAAAAACGAAAAAACUCAGCCAAAAGAACUCCGCGAAAAAGAAAGCCCUGUCUGUUGCAGCUACUGAAGCAACAAGUUGGCAACAAACAAAGGAAGAAACGCCUCGCGUACUUAAGAAACGUGAAGUUCAACAGCUCGAGCCCCCAACUAUUACCUCCACUUCAAAAGGUUACCAGUCUCCUCGACAGCCCGCGACCACUCAGUUGACUGCGCCGGAGACGCAUGCGCAACCUACGCAAUUAGUGGGAUCCAAGGUUAUGAAGAAAUACACGGGCAAUGGACAAAUGAACAGAAAUCCUACCGGUUUGACCCCAAGCGCGAUCGACAGAUUUAACACACUACCGGUGAAACCCAGUUCCAAUUUCGUAGACGUAUCUCGCUUUACGAGCAGCAAUUCUUCUUUAAUGACCGGCCGCCAGUCGCCUGUGUAUGUCGCUGUACCUGUUGACAGACCUCCUGUGAAGCUUAGAUCGAAAGCGCGCAUCACUCCGCAGGACACAAUCGAUAUAUCCACCAUAAAUGAUCUGAGAAGCAAGCUUUUAAAUGUCGACGAUUCAGGAACUUUAGUGACUUACGCUCUACAGAAUCAGGAGGAUGAGAAGCCUGCAGCAAGCAGCAGUGACAGCGAGACAGGUGGCGCUCCUUUCGCUACUGAGCAUGCUCCAUCUGACAGCCCGAAGAGCAUAAGAAAUGAGUUGAACAGUGUCACCAUGGCAACUGGUAUAAUCCCAUGGGAAGACAGCUGUCUCCAAAAUGUUGGCUUUGUGACUGGAAAACAUGGCAGGAAGUCACAGUCUCCAGUUAUAUCUCCUGGCAUAGUCCAAAUAGGAAAGGGACUGAGAGACGAGGCGCCUAUGAAUGGUGAAUCAAAGAGGACCGGCUCACUUAAUAAAGCAUCUCGAAGUCCUACCAGAAAUCAGGAAUCAGGUGCGGCUCCGUCAACAAUUUCCCUGACGUUCCAGUUUGGUUCCGGUGGUUCACCUCGAGAGCAAGGCUUGUCGCCUCCUCAGAGACCACCAGUCUUCCCCCCACAGCUCAAGAAUUUUUUUAGACCUCACGGACCACCCCACAGAUAACAGCAGUGGCGGAGUCACAUGCACUGAAAUCAUAUACAAUGGUUGGCUAAACACAGGCUCCCCUCCGAGAAUACACUAAGCCCGCGAUCUUCAACGGCAUUGCUUAUUGUGGCUUAUACUUUUGCAGUGCCUAAAAUCACUGUGGACAGGAUGUUGGUGCAUGUUAGACCUACUCUGUAACUGAAAUCUCAGACAACUACCCCGAACUCCGUAUGCACGUACCACCUCGAAUCAAGAAGCAUUCCUUUCGCGACAGUGGAAAAUAUGUGUCAAGACUUUCUGUUUACACCCAAACAAAUUUAGGCACUGAAUUAGAACACUUUUCGAUGGAGUGUUGUUGAAGGAAAAUCGAAGUAAGCACAUCGAUCAAUCAGACAAAAAAAAAAAAAAUGACCAAUGAAAACUCUGACAAGUAUAAACUGCCUCAAGCAGCUAUUUAUUUGAAUCUAAUUGGUUCAAGGAAUUAAAGACAGAGAU